AUGUCUACCCCUCAAUUCUGGUCGACCCCCCUCCGCUACUUGCGCUGGGCCUCGCACGAGAAGCCGGCCAUCUUCUACUCCCUCAUCAUCGGCUCCAUGGGCCCCGUGGCGCUGGUCACUCUGCCCCCGCUUCGCCGCGCGCUCUCGGCGACGUUGACCCGGAGCCUAUCCCAAUGA